CGCAGGAGAAGGAGGAGGAGAGCGAGGAGGAGAGCGAGAUCCUGGAGGAGAGCCCCUGCGGGCGCUGGCAGAAGCGCCGCGAGCAGACUUUCCUCCACAUUGCUAUAAGGGCCCUCUCCUCCAAAUGAGGAACCCAAGUCUACCUGCCUCUGCCUGGGCACCCAGAAAUGGGGACUGAAGGCAGCAGGUAGAUCCUUACUCCAAUAGAAGGGAGACAGGACUGAAGAGGCAGAUGACCUUUCAUGCUGCAUCUUGGUGCCUGUGCCUCAAGCCAUGGUGUGCAGGCAGCAGUGUAUAUGCCACAUGCUUUUGUGUGUUGUUUGUUUAACUUUCCAGGAUGAGUUUACUUGUGAACCUGCUGAACUGGGCUGAUCAGACAGGUGAAUCAGGGGAACAUGCCGGGGAUCCAGAGCACCUUCCUUGCCAUGGACACAGAGGAGGGUGUGGAGGUGGUGUGGAACGAGCUGCUGUUCACCGACAAGAAGGCCUUUAAAGCACAUGAGGAGAAGAUCAAGACCAUGUUCGAGCAGCUGGUGCUUGUGGAUCAUCCCAACAUUGUGAAGCUUCACAAAUACUGGCUGGAUGUGAAAGACUCAAAGGCGCGGGUCAUCUUCAUCACAGAGUAUGUGUCCUCAGGGAGUCUGAAACAGUUCCUGAAGAAAACCAAGAAAAACCACAAGGCCAUGAAUGCCAGGGCCUGGAAGCGCUGGUGCACUCAGAUCCUUUCUGCCCUCAGCUUCCUGCACUCCUGUGACCCUCCCAUCAUCCAUGGCAACCUCACAAGUGACACCAUCUUCAUCCAGCACAAUGGGCUCAUAAAGAUUGGUUCAGUCUGGCACAGGGUAUUUGCAAAUGCCCUCCCAGACGAUCUUCGAAGCCCCAUCAGGAUUGAGAGAGAAGAGCUACGCAACUUGCAUUUCUUUCCCCCGGAGUAUGGCCAAAAGGCUGAUGGGACUGCUGUGGACAUCUUCUCCUUUGGGAUGUGUGCACUGGAGAUGGCAGUGCUGGAGAUCCAGACCAAUGGGGACACACGGGUCUCAGAGGAGGCAAUCAUGCGGGCACGACGUUCUUUGGAUGAUCCCAACAUGCGGGAAUUCAUUUUGUCGUGCUUGACCCUCAAUCCAGACAAGCGACCAACGGCUAAUAACCUGCUCUUCCACCGGGUGCUCUUUGAGGUCCAUUCUCUUAAACUGCUGGCAGCACACUGCUUCAUCAACAACCAGUAUCUGAUGCCAGAGAACGUGGUGGAGGAGAAGAUAAAGGAGCUGGAUCUGAACAUGGUGAUGGCAGAGAUCCGGAGAGAGGGUCGGCCUGGAGCACAGUGGAGGUACUCAGAGGUCUCCUUCCUUGAACUUGACAAAUUCCUAGAGGAUGUCAGGAAUGGGAUUUACCCCCUGAUGAACUUCGCUGUAUCCAGACCCCAUGCCCUGCCACGCGUACUCUCCCAGCCCCAGGAGGACCCCCAGAAAGCCAAGACUCCCACCCCAGAGCCCUUUGAUGUGGAGACCAGGAAGGUGGUGCAAAUGCAAUGUAACAUGGAGCUGAAUGAAGACAAGACUCAAUGGCAUCUCACUCUUCUGCUGAUUCUGGAGGACAGAUUGCAUCGACAGUUGAGCUACGACUUGCUGCCGACUGAUAAUUCCAAGGAUUUGGCCACAGAGCUCGUGCACUAUGGAUUCAUCCAUGAGGAUGACUGUGAAAAGUUGGCUAGCUUCCUAGAAAAUGCCUUCCACAAAUACCAAUCUCCACCCUUGUGAGUCAGUCUGGAAUAGAGGGGUCCUCCUGUACUACAAGGGACAGGAAGUGUAUCAGACUAGAAGAAACUGUGGGGCUCCUGACCGAACUUCCUCCAGCAGUACUGAGCAGGCUGCUCACUACUGACUGAAUCUUUACAGUCCAUGAGAGGUGUAUGCCUUAUCUGUGGUGUGAAAAGACAACAACAAAUGGAAGAAUAAUCCACAGGCACAAGAAAUUACAUAUGCAUCAUGUAAAAAAUGCAUCAUGAGAAAUCAGGACCAAGCAAGAAUACAUGUUGUUGUCCUCAUUCCUGAAGCAGCAAGCCAGAGAGUUGUGAGGCAUUGGGAGCAUGGGGUAGCAUUCCUGCAGCCCCUUGCUGGUGGUGGUUGUGAAGGUGCAAAGCUGCUGCAGGAGUUCCCAAAAAUUGAUAAAUUUGCCUCUUGGAAUGACAGGCUCUUUAACUGCAGGUCGCAAAGCUAUUUUUUUUCCUCUUUGCCAGCUGGUAACACUUACAGAAGGGAAGAAAGAGCUGGCUUGAAAAGCUCUGCGGCAGUUUGCUGUCUGUCACUUUCCACUCUUUAUAUACAGCUCCUUCUGUUCUGCUAAGGUUCUUCCAACAUAGAUGAACCACUGUGAUGCUUUGUAAUUAGAAUUGCACAUCUUGGUGUAGGCUGAAAAGAGGACUUUGUGAGCUGGACUUGACAUGGCAUGGGAAGAAAUUCAAGAAAUCCAAAAUCUUCAGCUGCAUCCUAGCAUACGGAUCAGCAAGUGUCACUGGUGCUGAACAGAACCCUUGUCAUUCCCCAGUUUGUCUUAUGGCCUUCCAAAAUCUCAUGACAUCUUAAGGAAACGCCUUGAUGUCUCUUCUUUCCCUGUUUCUCCUGUGGUAUUUGGAACUUCAGUCAUCAGCCUAGAGAAAGGAGCAAUCCUAGCUGCUGAGCAUGUCGGGUUCAAUUGCUGAAAAAAGCAAAUAGGAAUUAUUUGUGUAGCAAAAGCUAUGCAGUGCUGCUCCAUGCUGUUCACAUUGUGCCAUGUGAUGCCAGCCGUAUCAUGCUGUGCUAUGCUGGUGUUCUGUGCUGUGCCAGUCUCCAUGUGGUACUGCCUCCAUUACGCUGCCCGGCUUUGCUGUGUUGCAGCAGUUGUACUAUGCUGGGCUGGGUCUGCCAUGCUAGAAUGCUGUGAGCUGAGCUAUCAAACUGUGCUGUAUUUUCCCAGAUGUGCUAAGCUGUGCCAAGUUUACAGAAACUGACAAAUCAAUAAAGCCAUUUAAAGUAA